CUUUAUCAGAGAGCGGGAAGGGACGCGGGGAGGGAGAGACGGGAGCUGAGCGCUGCAGUCGCCGGCCUUGAAGGAGAAGAAGAGCUCGCAGGACUAUUGUUAUCAAAGCAAUAUAAAACAUGGUGGAUUAUUAUGAAGUUCUAGGAGUGCACAGACAUGCCUCACAAGAAGACAUUAAAAAAGCGUACCGCAAACUGGCAUUAAAGUGGCACCCUGACAAGAAUCCAGAUAACAAAGAAGAAGCUGAAAGGCAAUUUAAGCAAGUAGCUGAGGCUUAUGAAGUUCUGUCCGAUACUAAAAAACGUGAUAUCUAUGACAAAUAUGGAAAAGAAGGCUUAAAUGGAGGAGGAGGUGGAACUCAUUUUGACAGUCCAUUUGAAUAUGGUUUUACAUUCCGGAAUCCGGAAGAUGUCUUCAGGGAAUUCUUUGGUGGAAGAGACCCAUUCUCGUUUGAUUUCUUUGAAGAUCCUUUUGAUGACUUCUUUGGCAAUAGGCGAGGGCCACGCGGAAAUAGGAACAGAGGUGGUGGAUCCUUUUUCUCGGCUUUUGGUGGAUUUCCUGCAUUUGGGAGUGGUUUCUCUUCAUUUGAUACAGGUUUUACUUCAUUUGGUUCUCUGGGACAUGGGGGCCUUACUUCAUUCUCCUCCACAUCGUUUGGUGGCACCGGGAUGGGCAACUUCAAAUCUGUAUCGACUUCAACUAAAAUAGUUAAUGGCAGAAAAAUUACUACAAAGAGAAUUGUUGAGAAUGGACAAGAGAGAGUAGAAGUUGAAGAAGAUGGCCAGUUAAAGUCUUUAACAGUAAAUGGUGUAGCUGACGACGAAGCUUUUGCAGAGGAAUGCAGACGCAGAGGACAAAACGCCUUGCCUUUCCAGCCUGCUAAUGCCCGUUCUCCAAAAUCAGCCCUGAAGCCUGCCGCCUACCCCAAGCAUACCUUUCACUGUAAUAGCGAUGAGGAUGAUGACUUGGUUAUGACCAACUGGGAGACGCCCAUUUAUUCAUCAGGUGUGCACAAAAAGGAUACAAAGAAGUCAGCAAGAGGAAGAAGCAGAAGCUGAGGGAGGAGCAGAAGAAGAAGAAGUCAGCCAAGACACCCUAUUAAAACGGACUUCGAUGCCCCCAAGCACAGACCCUUUUGCCGUCAUGCCACUUGACCCCACCCACACUCCUUUCCUGGUGCUUAUAUUUUCUUACGGCUAAUCUCACUUAGCAAGGGGGGGGGGACUAUGGCUCCUCUCUAAAGUACACUAAACUUGCACUAUUACGCUUGAGCACCACAGAUUUGCUUGAGUUUCUGUAUGACACCCCCGUCAGAAACCCGCUCGGCGGAAGUCACUUCCAUUGAAAUCGGUGGGUUUGGCUUCUGAGCAGCGUGUUUAGGACCAGGAUGUCAGGUGCAUCAGAUAAGCAGAUCCUGGCUUGAAAUGUGUUUUAUUUUCGAAAAAAAGAAAAUAAUAAUAAUGUGGUAGAACCUUUUCAACCUCUUUCUUUCCUGGGGCUAAAGCUAUCGUAGUCUAGUGUGCUUCUUCUAGAACUUAAAAAGGUUGUAAACAAUGUGUCUAUAUUAAAACAAAAACAAAAAACAAACAGUUUUCAUCAUGGGAUAUUCUGACCUUAAUAUGUUUCUCAUUUCAUAUGACCUUAAUUUUCCUUCAAACCUUAGCUGGACUCCCCCAUAAUGGCUAAGGAUCAGUUCUUGGGGGAUUCAGCCCUGCAUCUUAUUUUCCACAGGGGAAGAUUGCAGUUGAUUUUCCUUGCUUGCAUGUGCCAUUAUUUAUGUGGUAUGCAUCACAAGCAGUGGGCCGUGAUUGUGAGAGAACAGGUCCAAACCCCACCCCCAAGCUUCUUAGUGAAAUCAACCCCUGCGAGUUCAUUGUGAUCUCCAGAACUCUCUCUCUUGAGCCAAAUAAUAAAAGGCAUACUUUGAAAUACUUCCCUACGUCCAUUGGCCGAAAAUCAUCAGCCUUGAUGAAGUGUUCAUGGCAAGUAGAGCAAGAGUCGCAUCACCCUGUCUCGCCUGCCAAAAACCACCCCUCUUCCUAGGGUGGCAUGUGAGGCUAUACAAGAGUAGAGAGGAGCCUUGACUAGCUGGAAAGAGCUUAUGGCCUGUAUUCCUUGGUCAGAAUACGUAUUUGUACUUUGGGUGUAUACAGUGUGUGCUGGUUCCCAUUUGGUCUAAAUUGGGGUUGAAGGGGUGAAUUAAGGAAUUGGAUGUAGCAAGCCAACUUCAUUCCCCUCCAUAUAAAUGUUUCAUUUGCAUGGUACGUGGCUUCUCUUAACCUCAUAAAUACUACUAAGUUGGAGCCGUCCAUUCCUUUAACUUUUCCCAAGCAUGGUUACUGUAUAAGCAAGUUGCCUCCUUGCUGCUUAAUCUGCAAUUUGAAGUUCUCAGCUGCUUUGGUCUCCUGUGUGUUUCCCCCCUCCCUUCUCUCACUGAUAAAUUAUGUGGCAAUUCUCUUCCUUGGCACUGUUGGAAACCCCAAAUUUCCUGGAGAAAUCUUUGAUUAGCCCCCCAUAUAAUGUAUCGUAGGUCCAGGAAGAUUAGGAUGCAAGAGGAUUUGGGGUACUUAUUUGGAUUAAUCUUUAAUGCUCGUAUUAUGAAAAUGUAAUCUUGUGCAACUCAUUAGGUAUUUAAAACACAAUAUGUCUGAAGUUUGAUGCAGAACCGUCCCUCCCCCUUUUUUGUUACAUGAAUACCACUGAUUUGUGUCGUGCCGUGUUACUAAUAUUUAAAGAAAUAAAGCAAGUUCCCCAUUCCUUG